AAACUGGGUGUCAUUCCUUUGGCGAUUCUGGUUUUUUACAGCGUGUCCGGCGGACCCUUCGGAGUCGAGGCCGCCGUCCGGAGCGGCGGUUACUUCUACACCCUCCUUGGCUUCUUAAUCCUGCCGUGGUUUUGGUCGCUAGCCGAAGCCGCCAUGACGGCCGAGCUUGGAACAGCCUUCCCGGAAGCCGCUGGAGGCGUAGCCUGGGUAGAGACCGCCUUUGGACCCGCCGCCGGUUGGAUGGCAGGGUAUUUAGGCUGGAUGGCUGGAGCUACGGACAACGCAAUCUAUCCAGUUUUGUUUUUGGAAUAUCUGUUGCAAGUGUUGGGAGACGAACAGGACGCCGUCAAUCUGCACCCCUAUUGGCGUUUCGCACUGUUGAGUACAACUUCCAUUUUUCUGGCCUACAUUAACUGGUUGGGCUUGCCGGUCGUCGGACAAAUGUCACUUAUAAUUUGUGUCAUUGCGAUGAGUCCUUUUAUCAUUUUGUGUGUGGUCGGCGCCUUUUCCGUCGAACCCCAUCGCUGGUGGCUCAGACCGACCAACGAGCCGGAUGUCAUAGGCGACGAUUCAACCGCCGUUGGCGGCAUUGCCUGGAGAGUCUUUCUUAAUAAUUUGUUUUGGAAUUUGAAUUCAUUCGACGCCGCCGCCAGUUUUGCGGGCGACGUCCAAGAUCCCGUGGAACGAGUGCUACCACGAGCCAUGGGGUGGUCCGUUCUCCUAGUCGCGGCCGGCUACUUUCUUCCGCUAUUAGUCGCCACGGGAGCAUUGGACGAUGCUGUCUUCACCUACCGUGACUGGACGGACGGAUUCUUUGCCAAAGUUGCAAGCGAGGUGGUUGGACCUUGGUUGGGAGCAUGGACAGUUUUUGCGGCGGGUGUCAGCAACAUUGCGCUUUUUCAAGCAGAACUGAGCGCUGAUGCCUUCCAAUUGGCGGGCAUGGCGGAACGCGGUCAUGUUCCCUCCUGUUUUGCUACAAGAUCCCGUCAUAACACCCCCACCUACGGAAUCAUGCUUGGGACGCUAGUGAUUGUAAUUCUCAGCGUGGCCAAGCUCGAUACCUUGAUUGAAAUGCUGAAUUUCAAUUACGCUUUGGCGCUUUUGUUGGAGUAUGCAGCCUUUGUGUCACUUCGGUUGAAUUUCCCUGACUUGAAUCGUCCUUUCCGCGUUCCUUUGAACAAUACCAUCUGCCUCGUUUUUCUAUGUCCGACGGUAUGCUUGAUUUUUGUCGUUCUAAGUUUGGCCAACCGGGAAACCUAUCUCUUCAGCUUCGUAGCCAACCUAGUCGGUAUUGUGAUC